GUAUGUGUCUAUCAGUGUGUCAUCAUUUUAUCUCAGGACUCCCACCCACAGUUUCAGGAGAAGUCCACUAAGCCGUCCAUCCCUGUGUGGAGAGGAGUCAAAUUUUAUCCUCUUCAAGCCCGGCAGGAUCGUCAGCAGGCCUCCACCUUCAGAAACUCAGAGCAGAGCCAGACAUCCAUCAGGAUCAGACGAUGAGGAGCGGCGUGGGGUUGUGUUUGCUCGGCCUGCUGUGCCUCCACAGCUCAGCCUUUGUACUGGCUUUGGACGUCCAGCCCGGCGUCCUGAUCUUCUGUGACGACCCAUCAGUGGAGAAUGCCGUCAGCAGUGCUGUGAACACGUUCAACGAGAGGAUGAGCACCGGACACCAGCUGGCCCUCUAUCAGAUACUAUCAGCCAGCAAGUCAGAGAAUGGCUCAGACUCAGUGUACUCACUGCAGUUCACCAGCAGGAGGAGUGACUGUCCAGUUGGGAGCAGCAAACCCUGGACAGACUGCAACUAUCUUCCUCAUGGACGCCAGGAGCCCAUUUCAUGCAAUGCCACAGUCUACAUGACAGAGACUGAAGCAGACACUAAACAGGUGGCUUGCCUGCUCGAUAAUUACAUCAUCAAAGAGAAAGCUUCCUGUUUGGGCUGCCCUGAGGAGAUUGAUGAGAAUUCAGAGGACCUUAAGGUUCCUCUUUCCGUCUCCAUCUCCAAGUACAACAGCAUGUCCGACUCUACCCACCUGUUCACCCUGCACAAUGUCGGCCACGCCACCAGACAGGUGGUCGCAGGUUUCAGGUUCAAGCUGAGGUUUGAUAUGAAGAGGACCACCUGCGCCAAGGCCGAACACAAAGACCUCAACGAUCUGUGUGUCCCUGAUGAUAAGGAUUCGGAGUACGCUAACUGUAACUCUACAGUGGAUGUAGCACCAUGGAGAUUUGAGUCCCCACAGACCAACAUAGAGUGUGAAGCAGGGGCACUGCCUCCCAUGUUGUUCACCAGGCGUCGUCCUCCUGGCUGGUCUCCACUCAGGAACCUCCUGUAUGACAUUCCCUCCCCCACCUUAUCUCCAACCGCACCGGCCCCCAGCAAGGCUUCAGCCAAAGAGGAAUCUUCUGAGGAGGACACCAAAGCCUCCAAACCAUCUGUCGCCCCAGAUGCUGUGAACGACAGCCCCUUCCACUGCCCGUCCAAGGCCUGGAAACCUUUCAAUCCGCUCCAUCCUGCAGCUCCUGCGAAGGCUGCCACAGAGGAAGGCACCCCGCAGCCCACAGCGGACUGGACCUUCAGUGAUUUUGACCUGCUGGGUUGAAAUUACCACGUUUUGCUCUCCCAACAGAUUGUUUUUAUUUUGUAGACUAGUCCUCUAUUAUACUGGGUUGCAUUGCGGGGAUUUUUUUUUGAAGGGACAUAUUCAGGGGUGUUAUGCUGAAUUAAAACUAUGAAAGUGUCAAGUUAGUAAAAUAUCCAGUUUAGGUGAAAAAGAAGAAAGCGACCCAUGUUUGGAGCUCAGAAAGCACUGGAGAAAAGCACUGAAAUGAUGACAGAGACUGUUAUCAUAUUAAUUGCUGGUAAAGCGAGGAAAACUGGUGUCAGUUUCCUUUGAGUAAAUCAGAGUAAUGAGUGAUUAAGUGCCCUCGGCAUCAGUUCAUUAGAGAUGUGAGAAAAUGGGAAAAAAGUGCAUUGGAAAUCUGUCAUUCUCAAAGGGGAAAAAUCUGUAAUAAAAUAAAAUAUAACUUUGCUCUGUUU